UAGUCUCAAACCAUGAAUUAUGUGGGACAACUAGCUGGGCAGGUGAUUGUCACUGUGAAGGAACUCUACAAGGGCAUUAACCAAGCCACCCUGUCGGGGUGCAUCGAUGUCAUCGUGGUCCAGCAGCAGGAUGGCACCUAUCAAUGCUCGCCUUUCCAUGUCCGGUUUGGAAAGCUGGGAGUGCUGCGCUCCAAGGAGAAAGUGAUUGAUAUAGAAAUCAAUGGUGAUGCAGUGGAUCUUCACAUGAAAUUAGGUGACAAUGGAGAGGCUUUCUUUGUGGAAGAAACUGAAGAGGAAUAUGAAAAACUUCCUGCUUAUCUUGCCACCUCACCAAUUCCUACUGAAGAUCAAUUCUUUAAUGAUAUUGACCCCCUUUUGAUGAAAUCAGGUGGACAUGAAAGAUUACCUCAGAGUUCAGAUGUCUCACACAUCUUGGAAAUGGAGACAGUUUUCACCCCAGGUUCUGUGAAAAAGAAAAAACGAAGGAGAAAGAAAUGCAAGCAAGACAGUAAGAAGGAAGAUCAAACUGCUUCUAUUGCGGAAGAUGCAUUCAACGUGGAUAGAAGCUCAGAUGAUGAGAAGGGAGCCCAGUCAGCAGCAAGAGGAUCUUCAAAUGCUUCCUUAAAGGAAGAAGAAUAUAAAGAGCCAUUAAUCUUCCAUUCUGGGGACCAUUACCCAUUAUCUGAUGGAGAAUGGUCUCCUUUGGGCAACACCUAUUCUCAGGUGGUGUGUCCUAAGAGUGAUUCAGAGUUGGAGGUGAAGCCUGCUGAAAGCCUGCUCAGAUCCGAGUCUCACAUGGAAUGGACGUGGGGCGGGUUUCCAGAGUCCACCAAGAUUAGCAAAAGAGAGAGAUCUGAUCAUCAUUCUUGGAGAGCUACAAUUACACCAUCAGAAAACACCCAUUUUCGGGUGAUUCCCAGUGAGGACACCCUCGCGAGUGAAAUUGAAAAAGAUGUUUCCAUCGAAGACACAGUCUGCACAAUAGUAAAACCCAAACCCAGAGCUCCGUGUAAGCCGAUAAGCCACACCAGUCCCACUGCAGAACUUACUGAACCUCCUCUUAGGGAUCCUCAGGUUUCAUCUAUAUUAGAUGCAGACCACCUUCCUCACGCAUCGCUAGUGGAAGCAUCCUCAGAAUUAAAGCCUACAGCUAAAGUAGACUCACCGUCAAAGAAGAAAGGUGUCCACAAGAGAAGCCAGCACCAGGGACCUGAUGAUAUUUACCUAGAUGACUUAAAGGCCCUGGAACCUGAAGUUGCUGCCCUCUAUUUUCCUAAAAGUGAAUCAGACCCAGGUUCCCGGCAGUGGCCUGAGUUGGACACACUCUCUGGCUCCCAGUCUCCACAGUCUGUGGGAAGUGCAGCUGCGGACAGUGGUACCGAGUGCCUCUCUGAUUCUGCCAUGGACUUACCUGAUGUCACCCUCUCACUUUGCGGGGGCCUCAAUGAGAAUGGAGACAUUUCCAAAGAAAAAUUCAUGGAGCAUAUCAUUACUUACCACGAAUUUGCAGAAAACCCUGGACUUAUAGAUAACCCUAAUCUAGUGAUACGGAUAUAUAACCGUUACUAUAACUGGGCUUUGGCUGCUCCCAUGAUUCUUAGCUUGCAAGUAUUCCAGAAGAGUUUGCCUAAGGCAACAGUCGAGUCCUGGGUCAAAGAUAAGAUGCCAAAGAAAUCUGGUCGAUGGUGGUUUUGGCGGAAGAGAGAAAGCAUGACCAAACAGCUGCCAGAGGCCAAGGAGGGAAAAUCCGAGGCACAACAAGCCAGCGACCUACCAUCAAGCGCUCAGGAGCAAGCCAGUGCCAGACUGUCUGAAGAUGACUCAUCAAGUGAUGAGGCGUCUCAAGAGCUUGAAGAAUCCAUCAAAGUGGACCCGAUUCCUGGGGAGCGCCUGAUCCAUGGCAACACAACCUCUUACAAGAAGUCUCUCAGACUCUCCUCGGAGCAGAUCGCAAAACUGAAGCUCCAAGAUGGGCCAAAUGAUGUUGUGUUUAGUAUCACCACCCAGUAUCAAGGUACAUGCCGCUGUGCAGGAACCAUUUACCUGUGGAACUGGAAUGACAAGGUCAUCAUUUCAGAUAUCGAUGGGACCAUAACCAAGUCUGAUGCUUUGGGACAGAUUCUCCCACAACUGGGUAAAGACUGGACUCACCAGGGUAUAGCAAAGCUCUACCAUUCCAUCAAUGAAAAUGGUUACAAGUUUCUGUACUGUUCUGCCCGAGCCAUUGGCAUGGCUGAUAUGACACGCGGCUACCUCCACUGGGUCAAUGACAAGGGCACAAUCUUGCCUCGGGGCCCUCUGAUGCUGUCCCCCAGCAGCUUGUUCUCUGCCUUCCACAGGGAAGUGAUUGAGAAGAAACCAGAGAAGUUCAAAAUUGAAUGCCUCAAUGAUAUCAGGAACCUGUUUGCCCCAUCUAAGCAGCCCUUCUAUGCUGCGUUUGGAAACCGCCCAAAUGAUGUCUAUGCUUACACACAAGUUGGAGUUCCAGACUGUAGAAUAUUCACCGUGAACCCCAAAGGAGAGUUGAUACAAGAAAGGACCAAAGGAAAUAAGUCAUCGUACCACAGGCUGAGUGAACUCGUGGAGCACGUAUUCCCACUCCUCGAUAAAGAACAGAACUCAGCCUUUCCGUGCCCAGAGUUUAGUUCCUUCUGCUACUGGCGUGCCCCGAUCCCCAAUGUGAGCCUCAAUGACCUGGCCUGA